AUGUCCGUCCUUCUGCUUCUACUCCAGCCUGCCGCGCAGCCGACCGGCACCGCCCUGACCGCCAGCAACAGCGAGAACCUGGUCUCGGGAAUGGUCAGCAACGGCGACUACCGCAUCUACAAUGUCGAAAAAUGCGACUACAACGUCACGCUCUUCUCCGUCUAUCCCGUUUUUGCCGCGCACCAGAUCGAGUGGAACACGAUGGGGAAGACCAUGGCGUGGUGGUCGGUACUGAUCGGCCUCCCAAAGACGGCCGACAUCUCGGAGACCGAGAAGGUGAGAUUCUACGCGAGCGGCGCAAAACACGUCGCGAAGGUGGCAAAGGGCCUCCACCUGACGGGCAAGCGCGUCCUCGACUUUGGCGCUCGCACGACCGACGUUCUUCCUCCUCUGCGGCCUCGCUCGGGCCCGCUCGUCGACACGCGCAACCAGCAGACGCCCGUGUCGGAGCUUCUGUGCCGGCUUUGAGCUUCCAUCGCUGAUGGGGGUGCGGCUCUGUCCCGGCGGCUCACUCAUCGAGCACCUCACGGCUGCGCGGCGGCUCACUCAUCCGCACCACCGCGACCGGUUGCAAACAUCGCCCUCAACAUCCGCUUGCGCCUCACACGUCCGGGGGCAGUGUCGCGUGAGCCACAGCUUAGCACCGACGCCAGGCUCUUAGCUGUUAGCUCUACGUGUACGUGUGUGUGUGGUGGGGGGGGGAGGGCGGCGUAGUCAAAAGAAAAGCCUCAGUCGAGA